AUGAUUGAAUGCGUGUCUCGUUUGCAGGGUUUGAGUGAAGCGCCAAAUCAUACUCAUUGGGCCUCAACUCUAGUGAUAACCAGUGAUACUGUAGUGAAGACAUCGCCUAAAAUGCCGGUUCGCGUCGACUCGUGCUUUGAUUGCGACCUUUUGGCCGAAUUGAGUGACAUCUCGGAUAUGGCGGACACGUGUCUGUCUCCGUGCGAAGACAUAUGGCAUCACUUCGACGACUUCGUGCUGACGCCUCCGCAGUCGCCGCCCAUUCGCCUCGAUUUGGUGUCGGAUCUGUUGGACUUCUCGUCGGACAGUCUGCCGAUGUCUGACUUGUCUGUAGUGCACACCGCGGAUGUGCUGCACGACUGCAUGUGGUCGGGACAGUGUGUCGAAGACAACAACGCCUGCAUCGCUCACCAGACGUGCGGCGCCGGCGGACACACCGGACGGCUGUGCGGCCGCACCCGACCCGACACCCCCUUCACCGCUCUGUCCACUUCUCCCUUCGCUAUGAACCACACAUUCAAUGAUCUGUUGUCACCCAUGAGUGACACCUCUUCUAACGACGAUAUGGACGACAGCCGGUCUUCAAUGGACGAGGACUUCAACAGUUGCACCGACUCUUCGCAGUCCAGUUCCAGCAGUACUUCAUUUGCAUCGAAAGUGAAAGAGAGUCUUAUGAACGACCACUCGUACGGCGGAUCUCUUGUUCACACCAUUAGUCACCCGAACAGCAAAUCUAAGACCGCAUACGAGACGCAGAGCCUAAUACACCCCAAACAUAAGGUUCAGACGAGAUCUGGAAAUAAGAUUAAAUGCCAUAAAAUAAAUGGGAAGAAAAUAAAGAUAAUAAAAGCCAAUUCGCCGAUGAGUUGCAACUCAAUAGUGAACACAAAAGAGACGACCGAUAGAUCACUAGCCGUUCCUACGGUUCGCAUCAUUAGAAACGAUAAGCAUUUCAUCAAAUCUGCAAAGAGUUGUUUGCAAACGACGAGUAGUUGUGCUAAAGAUACUAAAGAAUCCCAACAAAAGAGUUGCAAGUUUUCGACCCGAAGAAAAGCAUCAAAUGUUUCAUCUGAACGUAAAGUAAUGUUCGCUCAAAACAAUCUGUUCCUCAAAAGUAAAGCAAAUGAAAGGUUAAGUCAAUCGGACGAAGAAGAAGAGGAGGAGGAAGAAGAGGUGGAUAGCAAUGGCGACACUUUGUCUCCAAAAGUACCGCCAAUGCGGAGACGCGAACACAACGACUCCGAACGCAAACGUAGAGACCAUUUGAGGAAUUCAUUCGUUAAUCUUAAGGAUCAGAUCCCGAAACUAAAAAUGGCUGACAAGAGGCCGCCGAGGAUUAUGAUUCUUCACGAGGCGACCGCUUAUGUCCAUCAACUCAAUGACAAACAAAGAUAUCUCGAGAGGACUCUGAACGCUGAGAUCGAAAAGAGAGAUAAAUUGCUUAAAAUAUUGUCGAAUGAAAUUAAAACGGAACCGAAAUAAGAAUAUUAUUAUUAUUAUAACUAUUAUUAAACAUUUAUAGGAAUUAUAACUAUUAUUAUAUAUGAGUUCAUCUUUUUUACCCCAAUUU